GACUGUCCCACCGCGCAUGGGACGCCGCUCAAACCCAUCCAUCCAUCCAUCCCUCGUGGGUCAGUUAGUAUGCCUCCUAUCUCACGUUACACGUACAAUCCUGUUCUCCGCGUGGACAGGCGCGCCGAGCGUCGCGGCUCGAGCUCAUUCUAACAGGUGGCGAGCGAUUCCGGGUGCAGCAGCAGUUCAUCACUGAGCGACGAACGCUGAGAGGAUCGCAAUUCUUGGGCUUCUGCGCGUAUUAACACAGUCUAAUGAUCGUAUUUAGGGUAUUUAGGCGAGGGGCAGAUUGGUUUAAUUAGCCUUCAGCUUACAGGUGGGCGAAAACCGUUUGUAGGACGGCCCCUCUUUCAGUUCCUCAACAGGAGACGCGGGACUGUCAUUUGUUUGCCGUCCUGUGGGACAGAAGAAACGGCUCCGUUAACAGGUGCGAGGAUAGACGAAUACACCGGCGUUCAGUCGCGUGUUUGUGCAGAACGCGAUUUGAAGAAUAUUUCCAUUGGUGUUCGCGGUAAAUUGGGAGCUUUAUCUACAUAUCUAGCAUAUCUUCGAAGCCUCUUUCGUACCGGAGGAGGACCGACAAAGCCAUGUCAACCAAAAAACGGGUGGAUUUAACGAGAAGCAGCCGAAGCCCCGCGGUGUCCGAGGCGGAGAUGUUUGGUGAUUUUCAGGAGUGGUGCCUCCGCACUUAUGGGGACUCCGGCAAAACAAAGACGGUCACCCGGCGAAAAUACAACAAAAUUCUGCAGACCCUCUUGCAGAGCGACGACUCGGAGGGCGUCUAUAUCGAGAGCAACCACAUCAACGCCAAAUUUAAGUUCUGGGUGAAAUCCAAAGGUUUCCAGGUGGGCAACACUGACAGGAAGCCGAACGAGAACGGGGCAGCGGACAAACCGGUCCUGUACGUCCCCAUCAAGGCAACGUGUGUGGACGGGGGCUCGGGGCCGGAGAACUCCUUUCUCAAAAGGGUCGCUAUGGUGGAGGACUUCUAUGACAUCAUCUAUGCCAUGCACGUGGAGAUCAGCUCUGACCCGGCCAAAGCACCCAAACACGCCGGACAGAAGAAAACAUAUAAAGCGAUAGCGGAGACGUAUGCGUUCCUGCCCAGAGAGGCGGUGACCCGUUUCCUGAUGAGCUGUGGAGAAUGUCAGAAGAGGAUGCACAUCAGCCCCAGCGGAGCAGAGUUCAAAGAAAAUAAUCAACCAACUUCUCUGGCGGCCGACCUCAUCGACUACAACAUGCCCCUCACGACAACCUACUUGAAACAGAAGAAACUACAGUGCAUGAACAACAACGAGCAGGAUGACUGUUCAGUGAGUAGUGAGGAGUUUGAUAUGAGUGACCCCACAUGGAUAUCAGCUGAACGUCACGCUGCACCGUCUGACCUGAACCACCCCUCCAGCGCAGAUAGGAUGCACAGCCCGCAAAACACACACAAGGAAGAGGACGCAACAGGUUUCUUGGAUGUCAUCAGGGGAUGUGGUCAUAAGCUGAAGCUCAGGAGAGCUGAAGCUUGA